AUGAGUUCCACAUCAACCACAAGUUGUCCCUUGCCAUCACUGCUUGUGCCCGAACAAGAGGACCAGGAGUGUUCUGAGACGCAUAUGUCUGUUUUGUGGUACGCAGGGCAGUUUGCAGUUACUUACUACGAUACAGAAGACUGCUCAGUUUACUUCAUGCCUGACACACCUGAUAAUGAAGACCUUGACCUACUGCAAAAAGUAAUUGAGGAAGUUCAUCCUCAAUGCAUAGUGACAAGUGCAAAACAGGACCAGAAUAUUGCCAAAUUCCUGACCGACCUAACAGCUAGUGAUAGUGAUAAAGACAUGGGAAAACCAGAAAUUGUCUUGUUUCCUAACACAGACUUUGGCCUAGAAGUCAGCAAACAACGGAUCCUAUCUAGGCAAUUUCCAUUCAUCCCAUCCCAUAUGACUGCAACAGAGAAAAUUCUCUACUUGUCCUCAGUCAUCCCUUUUGAGAGCCCACUCGUUAUAAGAGCUCUAGGGGGGCUCCUUAAGUUCCUAGACAGGAGAAGGGUUGGAAUUGAGCUAGAAGAAAGCAGUGUUGUUGUUCCUAUUUUGGCCUUUAAAAAGUUUGUGCUGUCGGAUACUGUGAAUAUGGACCAAGACGCUUACUGUGUCCUACAGAUAUUUAAAAGUGAUAUCCAUCCUUCUGUGUACAAGCUGUCUAGUGGAUUAAAAGAAGGAUUCAGUUUAUAUGGGAUUUUAAACCGCUGCAGGUGCAAAUGGGGAGAAAAACUGCUGAAGCUGUGGCUUACACGACCUACUCGGAACUUGACAGAGCUAAAUAAACGGCUGGAUGUUAUCCACUUCUUCCUGCUGGCUCAGAACCAUGAAACAGUUCUCACCCUUCAAGACUGUCUCAGGAAUAUAAAAAAUGUACCUCUUAUUCUAAAAAGAAUGACACUUUCCCAUACAAAAGUUAGUGACUGGCAAGCUCUCUAUAAGACACUGUAUAGCGCAGUGUGCCUUAGAGACACGUGCCGUUCUCUGCCCAGUAACAUUGAACUCUUUCAGACUAUUUCACGUGUCUUCACUGAUGAUCUGCACUACAUUGCCAGUCUCAUCAGCAAAGUGGUGGACUUUGAAGGCAGCAUCUCAGAGAACCGCUUCACUGUUAGACCUAACGUGGAUCCCACCAUUGACGAAAAGAAACGAAGGCUCAUGGGACUGUCAGACUUCCUUACAGAAGUGGCACGAAAAGAACUGGAAACCUUGGACGAUCAUAUUCCUUCCUGUUGUGUGAUCUACAUUCCUCUGAUUGGGUUCCUUCUCUCCAUUCCACGGCUACCAACUAUGGUGGAUAAAAGUGACUUUGAAAUCGAAGGCUUGGACUUCAUGUUUUUGUCAGAGGAUAAACUGCAUUACAGAAGCGCGAGGACUAAGGAGCUAGACAGCCUGCUGGGUGACUUGCACUGUGAGAUAAGAGACCAGGAAACACUAAUUAUGCACCAGCUGCAGACAAAGAUCUUGGAGAAGUCUGAAGUGCUUAGCAGCGUGAUCGAGUACACUGCACACCUUGAUGUGCUGCUGGCUUUGGCAGUGAUGGCCCGGGAGAACUCCUACUGCCGGCCGCGCUUUACUCACCGCCACGGCUUCCACAUCAAGGAUGGCAGACAUCCGCUCAUGGAACUGUGCGCAAAGACUUUUGUGGCCAAUUCUGUGAACAGUGGUGAGGCUGCCAGACGAAUAAAGAUCAUCACAGGGCCCAACUCAUCUGGAAAGAGUGUCUACUUAAAGCAAGUAGGUCUUAUAAUAUUUAUGGCUCUGAUUGGCAGUUAUGUCCCUGCAGCAGAGGCAGAGAUUGGAGCAAUUGACGGGAUUUACACAAGAAUCCACAGUAGGGAAUCUGUUUCUGUAGGGCUCUCCACUUUCAUGAUUGAUCUUAACCAGGUUGCCAAGGCUGUAAACAAUGCUACAGAGAGGUCCUUGGUGCUUAUUGAUGAGUUUGGUAAAGGGACCAACACACUGGAUGGGCUGUCCCUUCUGGCUGCUGUGCUGAGGUACUGGAUCAGUCAAGGAACCCGCUGUCCGCAGGUCUUUGUCUCCACAAAUUUUCACAGUUUAAUGCAGCUAGAACUCCUGCCUGCCACGCCUCUUCUGGAGUACCUGACCAUGGAGACCCACCAAGAUGGAGACGAGUUGGUAUUUUUCUAUCAGAUCAAACAAGGCGUGUCCACCGUCAGUCAUGCUGCCAACAUUGCUGCAUUAGCUGGAAUGCCAGCCAAAAUUAUUGAAAGAGGAGUGGAAGUAUCAGAACUGAUUCGCAAUGGAAAAGCUAUCAAACGUAUUGAUCAUCCUUCAAAAGGAGACCAGAUGGAAAAAUGCAAGUCUGUUGUGGAAAAGUUUCUUUGUCUAGACCUUGAUGAUCCCCAUCUGGACUUAGAAGAGUUCAUGCGUAAAGAGGUGCUGCCUUCUGCAGCCUCAGUUCUGUAA